AUGUUGACUAGAACCAUUGCCAUCCUCAGCUUGGUCGCCGCCGCCGCUACAUCCGCAAUCGCCGCACCAGCUGCAACCGCCUCUGUCUGCACGGUCAACGACAACGGCGUCAACUACCGCGCCGGCCCCGGCCCCAACUAUAAAGCCUUCGGAACCGUCAACAGGGGUCAGAACCUCAACUACCGAGGACGCACCGGCGAUUGGAUCAUGGGCGAUCUCUGGGGUGGACGCACUGGUGUUUGGAUUUACACCGCGUACCUUGACUGUUGA